UUACAUUUUUAUCGUGCAAGCAAAGCGGGAAAAUCAAUUAUCAUUAUUUUGCGCUUGUAUUGCAAUAACAAAUUUAAAGAACUUUAGUAUUUUACGAAUCCUUGCAUUGCAUGAAGUUAAAAAUUAAGUCCGCAUAUAAUACACCAGAUAUAUAAAAAUCUAUGUUAGAAAAUAUUCAAUAAUUGAAAUGAUUGAAUUGUUGGAAAGUGUAAUACAUUCAAAAAUAUUUUGGAUGACUACUUUUUUAAUUUCAUUGUAUAUAUACUUGAAAACAGUAACUUUUUCAUAUUGGCAAAGACAUGGCGUACCUCAAGAUGAAUUUACAGUACCGUUUGGUAUUUUUGGAAUUGAUUCUUUUAUGAAGAGAAUUAGUUUGGGUAAUGUAGUGAAAAAUAGCUAUGACAAGUUAAAAAAAAACAGUUUCCACGGAUUGUACAUGUUUCAUAGUCCAUAUAUUAUGAUUAACGAUCCUGAACUAAUUAGGCAUGUAUUAGUCAAAGAUUUUGCAAAUUUUUGUGAUCGAGGACUUUAUGAUAAUGCCGAAAUCGAUCCACUGGUUGGACACUUGUUUUUCUUAAGCGGUGACAAGUGGAGGACGUUGAGAGCUAAAAUGUCACCCACUUUCACAUCCGGAAAACUAAAACAUAUGUUUCCCCUUUUAAAUGACAUCGCACAUGAAAUGAUAUUAGUCACAGAAGAAAAUCUAAGGAAAACAAAUAUUAUUGAAAUGAAAGAUCUGAUAGCAAGGUAUACUACUGAUACAAUUUUUAGUCUUGCCUUCGGAUUAAAUAGUCAGUCUUUAAAAUAUCCAGACAGCGUAUUUCGUCAUUACGGAAGUUUGGCGCUUGAGACUAACUUAAUAAGUGGUUAUUUGGGACUCUUUGCGCCUAAAAUACUUUACGCUUUGAAACAACCAUUUACGGAUCCUAAAGUUAUAAAGUUCUUUACAGAACUGUUUAAAGAUAUGGUAGAUAAAAGAAGGUCAGAGAAAAUUAAAAGAAGAGACUUUUUAGAUUCCUUGAUAGACCUUAUGGACAAUGAACAAAUAGUUGAUAGGGAAAUUGAAAAUUCAAGCAAAGACAUAAGCGCAGAAAAAAUUGCAAGGCGACUAGAACUAUUGGAAGCAACAGCACAAGCUUUUGUAUUUUUUAUUGCUGGGUUUGAAACAUCUUCUUCAAUAGCUACGCAUUGUCUAUACGAACUUGCUUUGAACCCGCAAAUACAGGAAAAAGUGCAUAAGGAAAUUGAUGAAUUGAAAAAUAAUUUCAAGACCUUCACAUAUGAAACUUUAUUACAGCUGGAAUAUCUAGAUAUGGUUUUCUAUGAAACAAUGAGAAAACAUCCAUCUGUGCCAUUUUUAAAUCGUGUCUGUAUCAAUGAUUAUCAGAUACCGAAUUCUAACUAUACGAUCCCGAGCGGCAUGGGUUUGAUUAUUUCAGUUUCUGGAUUGCACAUGAAUCCAGAUAUUUUUCCUGAGCCCGAAAAUUUCGAUCCUACAAGAUUUAGCAAAGAAAACAUGGCAAUUAGACAUCCUUAUUCUUAUAUACCAUUCGGUGAAGGUCCAAGAAUCUGCAUUGGUAAACGCUUAGGAAUACUUCAAAGUAAAAUGGCUCUAUUUCAUCUGUUGUCAAAUUAUAAAUUUUCUGUAUGUGAAGAAACCCCCAUACCAAGUUAUUAUUCACCUAUAUCUAUUGUUCAGUCUCCUCGUGAUGGUAUGACUUUAAAAAUUGAAAAACGAAACUAAAUUGAUGUAGAACAUGGAUAAAAACAAAAGACGAUCGUGUAGACAAUAAUAUCUAUGAUUUGUUUAAAAUGACAUUCAUUUACAUAAUAAUAAAAUUUCACAUAUUUUUUUGCAGAAGAAAAUCAUCGAUUUUCUUCUAUUUUCAUGUAAUAAUUUAUAAGCACUUUACAUAUCAACAUAAUACAGUAUAAGGAGGGUUUGGAAUCAUGCCAAAAUGCAUAGAUCCCGAUAAAAUAAAAAACUAUGACAGAUUAGAAUAGUCGGAAGGUCUCUGAAUUUUUUCAAUAUUUAUAACCGUCGUAAUUGUAAAGAAAAUCAGUCAGGAAGUUCACCUCUUCUACACGGAGUCUUAUGGAAGAGACGGCAUCAAAAGUGACGUACUUGGAGUGCAAACUUAGAAAAAGAAUGCAUAGAACUUUAUAAAAAACCUACACACGUGUAAAGGAUUUAUUGCGGAAUCCAAAUCCAAAAUUUAGGCUAAGAUCACUAUUGCUAAUCGUAACUAAUCAAUUGAAACGUAGAACAUGGAAUAUCACGUGUGAGGUAAAUUGGCGCUCGCGACGAGAGGGGAAUUACCCCCCACCACUCACGCAGCUGACUGUCACGAAGCUUCUUUAACGAGCAGUUUUUAAAAUAUGAAUUCAGCAAGUCAUACUGAUGAUACAUGCAGCGAUUGUAACAAUGUCCCAAUAGGUAUUUCAAUAAAUUCAUUCGGAAUACUUUUAUAUAAUCAAUAAACAUAAAUUUUUAGAUGUUUCACAAAGAUACAUAUUUUAUUUAUUUUUUUAAAGAAUCCUUGUUCAAAA